CGAGCGGGUAGUUCCCUCUGUGCGCUGCGGAGGCUCAUCACUCCCCAGUCCCCACCAGAGACCCUGCCUCGGCUGCCGACCGCCGCGGCAGGCGACGAUGCUGGCCCCGACCGCUGCCGGACCCUGCCUCUCCUCCCCGGCUCCGCCGACACCCACGUCCACGACGGCGCCUCCUCACCUCAUCCGCCUCCCUCCCCUCACCACCCACCACCGCGCGCGCGCCGGUGCCGGUGCCGCGCCAGGCCGGCGAGAGCGGGACCGGCGCCCACGCCUCCUCCUGCGCCGGCGCCGUCGUCUCGGCCGGCGAGGGACCGCGUGAUCGAGUUCGGCAAGUACAGGGGCCAGAUGCUGGGCACGCUGCCGCCGUCGUACCUCCGGUGGGUCGCGGCCGAGCUCGACUACGGGGACACCGCGCCCUGGGCAGGCCUCGCGCGCGCCGUCCUCGACGACCCCGUGUACGUCGACCGCGUCGAGUGGGAGCACGCGCACCGCUUCCUCCGCGGCGACGCCGACGGCUACGACUACGCCUACGACGCCGACGGCGACGGGCCGCUCCAGGAGAUGGCCGAGCGCUUCGGGUGGGACCUCUCCGACGAGGAAGGGUGGGGCCGCCUCGACCUCCGCCUCCUCGGCACAUCCUACGGCGGCCGCAUUCCAAGGAAGGGCGCCCGGACGAAGCAAAGCAACAGCAAUAGCAACAGCUCCCCCGGCGGCGCCAAGAAGGGCGGCUCCCUGUUCGGCGCCGCCGCCGGGGCUGACCCGGGCGGCGCCGUGGGGAAGCGCGACAAGAGGAGGGAGCGGGUGCGGACGAGGAGGGAGGAGCAGGUGAGGACGGCCAAGAUGGACAUGCUCGGGGUGCAUGCUGGCGUGGCGGACGGCGGCGUCCUGGGAUCGUCGUCGGCCAGGAAGCAGGCUCAGAUCAGGAUGGCCAGCAAGGAGAUUCUGGGGCUGGGCCAGAGUAGCCGCGCCGGCGAGACGCUCGACGAGAAGAGGACGCCGGGGAAAGGCGGAAAGGGCGCCAAUCCUUUCCCCGGCCGUCAAGCAUUCCUCGACAAGGUCAGGAAGCUCAAAGCAGGAAUUUAUUUCAGCACACUUCAAUCUAUGCCAGUCGUUAGAACAUCCAACAAAUAUCAUCUACGAUUACAUGAGGGCAAAGCAACAAAACAAAAGGGCAAAUUGAGCCAAAAAGAGAGAGACAACUGCAAUUACACGAGAAAAUCGUGACUGUACAACUACAGCGCAC